UCAUUCUAGCAGCCACCUGAGCCACUCGAUAAACUCCUGCUCCUAGCAACCCACAUCCGCCAGUGAGUGAGGGGGCGAGAGGAAGGGACGGAGAGAGAGUGUCGCGUGAGCGAGUGAGAGGCAGACAGACAGAGAGAGAGAGAGUGAGAGAGAGAGAGAGAGAGAGAGAGAGAGAGAGAGAGAAACAAUGAUUGUGUGUGCAUGUAUGUGUGUCUGAGCUACAGGGAUCAAACAUAAAGGCAGAGGGUACGUCUCUUCUUCAGACCCAGGCUGUUGUCACGGACAAGGGGAGGCGUCGCCGUGGAGACAGAGGCAGCGUCGGCAGCCCCAACAUCGUGGAUCAGCCGUCACCGCAGCAACACAAGCUUCCUCGAAGGACGGGAGUCCCGUGCUGCUGCUCUUGAUCUUCUUCUUGUCCUCCUUCCUGUGCCUUGUCUCUUGCUUCUACUUGCUGAUAGAUGGAAUUCUCCUGCUGGCUGGAAAGACAGAGAGGUGCCAUGUGACGAGUGAACAGUCCUCUCCUCUCAAUCACCCUCGGGGAACAGAUAUGGGAUUUACCUUCUCUGGCCACUUCUGAAAAAAAUAAAAAAGAAAAGAAAACAGCAUUUCUCCGUAGGGAAACAAUUUCCAUGUCGACAGGAUGCCAUUCACUUUUAGAUGGAAUUGAAAAGAAAGCAAAAAUGUUAAGAGUUUUGUAAAGAAUUUGGAAACCCACAGUUCCAUCACCAUGAGGAGAGGCAUUAGAAGAGAUUUUGGAUAAUAGACAUGCUAAUGGUGCUCACGGCUGGAGUGGGAUACACACAUCUUCGUCCAAAAAGUCUUCAUCAUUCUUGUCCUCAGAGGGAUCCUAAUAUUCCAUGUACCUGGUCAAACCUUUCAACACUUUCUCGGAUUUAAGACAUUUUAAAUGACUCCUACAUUCUUCUCUCUAACGUCCUCUUCCUGCGGAGCUCUUGGACAUCCCACAGUGCUGUGCAGGAGGAGGCUUGUGCCCAGGCCCCACCAACUUUUCUGGCUCUGCGGGUGUUUUUAAGAUGUUGGAGCCUGCCUGCGUGGCCCGAGCCCGAGAUCGGAUCAGUGAUCGGAUCAGUAGCACUGCGGCUCCUGGUGGCCCCAGACAUGGGCCGCGGCUCGGCCUGCCCCCGUGCUCAGCCCUCCGCCCACCCACCCCUGCUCCGCCUGUGAAGGAUGUCCAAGAGUCGAGCUCCUGCCCAGGAACCCUCUGAGAUCCCCAGCCAGAGAGAGCGCAUCCGCAGCCACAUGAAGAUGGUGAUCGAGCAGCUGGAAGGUAUUCUCAUAGAGCUCAAAGAUGUGGCCAAAGAGCUGCGGGAGGUGGUGGGUCAGAUCGACAAGCUCACAGCGGACUUUGACUUCGACCCAGAGCCAGACGAAUGGACAGUGGCAACGGCAAGCAGCACGUCGAGUAGUGAACGUGGCCUCACCGAGGCCUUCAGGCUCGACUUCCUCAGCCACGAUGUGCUUUCCGACGCCUGGGAUUUCUGCGGCUACCGCAAAACGGCUCGGGAAGAAGACGAGUUGCUGGAAGAGGAAGAGCCGGGAAGCUCGGCCUCGGCCACGCCUACGCCCACCGUCAACACAUACUCGCAGAUGAACGGUGGUCUCCCAAUCCCCAACGGACCUCUGAUGGUCACUCCAGACUCUUCCAGCGAGGAGGCAUCGAGUUCCACGCACAGUCAGAAAACAUCACGCACCUCCGGGCCGAGAGAACGAGUUCGCUUCAGCGACAAGGUCCUCUACCACGCGCUUUGCUGUGACGACGACGACGAAGACCUACCAGAUGAGGAGGAAGGAGGAGAGGAUGAAGAUAAAGUGGACUGCGGGAUGCCAGACACGGACAGCGAACCGAGCCCUUUGGCUUCUUCGCCUAUCCCUCCUCUGUCCUCCUCCAAAUGCUCAACUACUCUUCACAAAUGGCGGGAAACCUCUUCGGCGGGACCGUCGCCCGUUAAAAUGGCCAUGCUCGGGCCACACACGCUGCCUAGAAAGGGUCCCUUAAAAGCAGGCAGCAGGAAAAAACUGGUGCGAAACAGCAGCACUCAGACAGUAUCAGACAAAAGCACGCAAACAGUAUUGCCAUACAUCCCAGCGAAACAGAAAAGCAAGGAGCCCUGAAGAGACCUUCAACAGAAAAGUCAAAGCGAAGCUGAAAGAAUAUUAGAGUGACUGUAUACUAUUUAUUAUCAAAUACCUAGAUACUAGAUUAAGACACAAAUUAAUAAAUGAAUUACUAAAUAAAUAAAUAAUA